ACGGACAGAUUUCACGAUGCAUGACGGAAAGGCGCCAUGACCGGGACACACUGCAGUGCAGGGUCAAAGUGAAGGAGCUGCAGAACGCCUACCACAAGGCGCGGGAGGCAAGCCGCCGCUCCAGUUCCACUCCCACAAGCUGCCGGUUCUACAAAGAGCUGGACGCGAUACUCAGUGGUGACCCCACCUCCACUGCGAAGACCACUCUGGAUAUUUCGGUGGAGGAAAUCUUGGACGAGGAGGGGGACCCAGAGGCAGAGGAUGACUCGGAAGUGAGAAAUGCAUGCAGCCAGCUCUUUUCUACCUCGGAGGAGGCUAGCCAGUCACAGCUGUCGGAUCUUGGUGACGCGCAUACAGGAGAGGAGGCCCCUGAAAUGACCUUGGGUGCCCAGCCUCCCUCUUCGUUAUCGCCAGCUGAACGGCUGCGCAGAAUUAGAAAGCAGCCAUGGAGAACUAAGAAGGACUUUCUGCAUGACGUUAUGAUGCACUUCACGACCGAAAAAAAGGAAUUGAAGGAAUGGCGGGACAGCGAGAAGAGGGACCGAAAGGAGAACACAGCGCACCAGAAUGAAGCUACAGAGCGGCUCUUAAAUGUUAUGGAACACCAAGCAGACACGCUCCAGGUGCUUCUAGCACUGCAAACCGAGCAGCUCUGCGCCCACCCUCCCCUGCAGCCGCUGUCGCAAAACUCUUUCUCAAGUGUCCCCCAGACACCGUCGACACACUCUUAUCAACCUCCUGGCUCCAGUCUGUACCCGUGGCAUUCCACUCCUCCCCCGUCACAGUCCAGCACUGCAGACUCCCACUACCCACUGCACUCAACACCCAUCCCUCUGCAGUUUGGCCCUGCUGAAGUACAGUACCCGCUGCAUUGUACUCCAGAGGAGAAGGUUGGAUAUGAUCCCUAGACAUACACAGAUCUUUAGCUGUCCUGGGACCCCCUCCUCCUCCUGGACCUUCCCUUCCCCAAUCCCCCUCAGUGCUGAUGUGUUUUUUUGUUUGACUCUCUCCUCCGGUUGUUGUUUUUUAAUACAAGAAUUGAGUUGGUUUGAAAGUAACCUUUAUUCUAUUAAUUGAAAGGAAACAGAGCCCUGAAAAUCAACAGAAAAUUAUCUUAAACCUUCAUAUUGCAUCGUCUGCACCAAUCACAAUCACCUCCUAGCAUUACAAGCACUGCACUCCCGAGCAUAGCAACAAAUAUUAGUGGAUUUCAGCUUCAAAUUGCUGC